AUGGAUGAGCAGCGUGCGUCCUCCCUUGAGGAGGAAGUGCAUCAUGGCAUUGAUGUUAUAGUGAAGCUUACACAGUUUAGUGGCUCUGAAAAGAGCAUUGAAACACUAAUUAAUAAAGAAAUUGAGAGGCUUGAAAAGCAGCAUAAAGACUGUGAAAACUGUCAAAAGUCUCAUCCCUCUUCUGACUGUCCCCAGCAUAAGAAGCUUGAGGAGCUUAGAAAGAAACUUGAGACAUUGCAACAGAAUAAUAAAAAUAGUCCACGUGAUUUAUUAAAUAACCUUUGCACAGGCCUCGAAAAAUUUCUCGGCUACGAGAAUGGUAAUUACACCGGAGAGGGAAUUGUGUACUCGGACCUUGACAGGCUCUGCGACGGGGUGAUGGCGUUCCUUCAUGGUGUUCUUAAUGAAGUUCAUAAAAAUAAUAACCUUUCGCCUUAUAAAGAGACUUUAAAAGAUGCUGUAACACUUUUAGAAAGUAAGCGCUAUGAAGGCAAAACAGGUUUGCAUACUGUGAUUGACGAUGUCAAGAGGGGGAUUGAGAGGUGGUUGGGGGAUGUGAAUGAGAAGAGUGAGGCGGUGAAAAAGCCGUUAAAUGAUCUUAAUGAACACGUUAAAGAACUAAAUGAUGUAAUUGAUAUUAUGAAGAAUGGAAGAGAAUAUGAUGAUUCCGCAAAAAUGUUUCUCAUGUCCUGGAUGGGAUCCGUCAAAGAGCUUCCAUCCUUUCCCAAUGAGUCUUCGAAUAAUAUAGAAAUACUCGACCAAAAUCUUAGAACGCAAUUACUUCCCCACGUCACCCUAAUUAAAGACAGAGUGGACACUUUUGUGGACUCCACUAAGCAGGAUCACGAGGGGCUUGUUAAGGUGUGUGGGAAGGUGGAUGAGGAGAUGAAGAAAAUUACGGAUUAUGCUGAAGAAAAGAUUAAUGAAGCCACCGGGGAAGUUGAUAGCAUGACAAGGUUUUUGUCCGGAGAUAUAUUGAUGCUUCGUGAUAUUAUUACGAGAGUUACUAAAGGCGUCGCCGAGGCCAUCAAGGAAUUGGAAAAGUGGGAGACGGACCAGUCGAAUUCCAACCUCCAUAAAGCUCUCAAUAAGUGUGAUGCUGUGGUUAAGGCGCUUAAAUAUGAAGACGGAGAAACGUUUAAAACACCGUUUGAUAGUAUCGAGCAAGCUAGAUCGACAGUUCAAAGUGUUCAUGGUAAACUUAGCGGUAUUGACGGAAGGUUCAGCCAGUGGAUCACGCAGGCGGGGAACAACUUGACUAAUGCUCUUAAAAACGUACAGGGCAUUCUUGCUCAGGUUCAAGAAUCAAACAGAACAAAAAUAACCAGCGCAGUUGAAAAUUUAAGAAACAAAACUCGAGAUCAUUUUCUCAACUCCAAGAAAGAAGAACUUAAAGGCAUCGGACUGAGCGCCAGCGAGAAACUCGGUAGAGUGGACGACGCAGUGGCGAGUUUGUUGGCCGACAGUGUUUCUAGUGCCCAAGAGCAAUAUAAUGCCUGGGUUGAGAGUGGGACAUCAAACGGUUUAACUACGGCUGCCGCUAAAGACUUGCAACUGUGGAGCCAUUCAGCCCAGCAGUGUUUGAACGUUGCCCAAGCUGUUACCGGCGGCAUCACGCAAUUUCAGCGUAUGCAUAGACUAUUUUUUCAAUCGUCGCAGUUAUCCUCAUCGAUAGUUAAGCUGCAAAAAUUGCAGAAACUGGAUUUGAAAAUAUUACAGCAAACAGUUCAAAGUCUUCAGCGUCAGGGUCUGUCCGCUACAUUACCCACAAAAGAUUUUAUUAAGAGCCACCAUACGCUCACUAGCUAUGUUUCCUCUAUUAGAGAGGUUAUGAAUGCGUCAAGUGAGGUUUUGAGCAGUGAAAUUAAGAGUUGUGAGAGAAACAUUACCACACUUGAAGUUAGUUCUGAUACUGGUAGUCUUUAUCGAAUUAUUAACCCAUUGAAUGACGCUUUGCAAAAGUCAUCACAGUUUAUUCAACAGCUACAGACACUUAACGUCUAUUUUUCUCAGCAUCGUAAUGGUGUUGAUAUUAACAACAUAUCCGCUGAACUUAGCGGUUUGAUGCAUCGCGUCCAGCAAUUGCAGACAACCUUCGGCCAACACAAAGAACACUUCGAAAGCUUCGCACGAACUGCCAGCGAUGAAUUUGGCAACUUUUUCCGAACUGUUAAGAGUGCCGCGGAGAAACCGAAUGGCCUUCAAAAGUAUUUAAAGGAUGAAUUGCAAGAUAUAUAUUUUAAACAACCAUCGUCCAGCGAGGCCCAGGACUCUGAAAAUAAUAAAAGCAUUCAAAACAUUUAUAAAUGCCUGCACGAUGAACAAAUCAAGUUGACAGGCAAAGCCGAAAAAAUUAACUCAGGCGUCGAAGGCAUUCAGGCUCAGCUCACUAAAAUAUCCAACAUGGUUGAGAAGAAGACCGAAUCUGAUGACGGCGUUAAAGAUUAUCUGAACGAACUCAAGAAUGAAAUUCAAAAGCUUAAGUCUAAGCUUACAGAAUUAAAAGCAGACGAAUUGGCAUCCAUGAUUGACGAUGUUAGUGUUUCUUUUUCCAACGCCAAGUCAAGGAUCGUACAAUACAUCCAGUACAUUGCCAACCACUUCAAAUCCCUCGCCACCACCGCCGCCACCUCCAUCAAACGCCAAGCCCUCUCCCAGUUCGCCCAGUCCAAGGCCCGCGCGCUCGAGCAGCUGAAGGCGCUGGUCACCGAGCAAAAGACGAAGAUUGAAGAAAUUAUCCAAAAGGAUUCAGACAGCGGGCUGAAGGGGUUGAUGAAGUGGAUGAACGGCGGUAUGCAUCAAGAUCCUGCAAGUAAGCAAAUUACUCCGGGUAGUAAGUUUGAAGAAUUUAUAAGUGCUGCGACUAAGCUAAAUCAGACACCCCAGCAAGGCAAAGAAUAUCAUGAAAAAUUCUGUGACUUAUCCACAAAGUUUAAAGAUUAUGUCGCCGUUAUUCUCCAAUACAUCGAACAUCAAGUCAAGACUCCAAUUCCCGGCAAGCUUGAACGCAAUCCCACCGACCAGUCGGAGAGAGUCAAGGACAUCAAGUCCAUACUGGACAAUUUGCUUGCCUACCUUAAAAGUAGUGACAAAAUAUGUCAUUUCGACCACGUCUCUACAUCAUAUUUAGAUGCUCUUAAUGCGUCCGGCAUGGAAAAAUUCACCGAGCAACUCGGACACGCGUACGUGAAUAAAUACUCCGGGUGUAAGCCUGUAAAGAACUGGGACGAUGUAAAAUCCUCCGACAAGUUAUCCACCGAGGGCCGCAACUGCGCCAAGGUCUGCCUGACCAUACUGGAGAUAUUUAGUCAUGAUCUUAAUGAGCUCAAGCAUCAAUGUGAGACGAAUUGGAAGAAUAGAAAGAUAUGCCUUAAGAAUGGCAAUGGAAGCAUCAAUGAUCUCGGUUUAUGUCUGAAGCGUUUCGGUUACGGAGUUCCAUCCAGGGAAGACGUGCAGGACGACGAGUUGAGAUGUUCUAAAUAUAUGAACGGUAAUGAAAUUUUUGCAAAACUUACCAUUCCAACUAUAACCGAACGUGACGAAUACAACGUCAUUAGCACUCUCAAACAUAUCUGCGACAAUCUUCUCAUCUACUACCGUGUUUGCCACUACUCCACAUUACAGUCCAAGACAUAUCCAUCCUCCGUGUACCAAAUGCUUCUGUGGUUGGCAGGCUUACCAUAUAAUCCCGUAUAUGACGACUUGUCACUUAACGGUUUUGGCAGCCUGCUUGAUAAGCCAGAGGAGCAGGACACGGACACUGGCGAUGAGAGUCUGUCUGUCGAUGUCGACAACGGCGACACUGACGAAAGCCGUAUCACUCUCAAAGACGAAAAUGAAGAAUCGCUGGAUGCGUACAAAGAGAAGAUCACAGUUCCAAAACUGUAUGAAGCACUUGCAGAAGCAUGUUCACACGCCCACUCAGUACUCACUUCGAUACUUGGCCACGGCCACGCAGGUGGCAUCUACGCCGUCGACUUCAACACUAACGAAGAUAAAUUCUCGUAUCCUUCUGACAUGAACAGCUUAAUAUGUAUGCUAUUUGAGAUCGUAAAACGCCUUCACGACCAACUUUAUUUCCUGUAUAGACAAUGUAUGCAUGACAGUAAGCUUAGUGGUUGGUCAGACUGUUGGUAUGGUCACGAUAUUGGUGGUACAGCAUGGAAGUGUAAUACCCUCCAAUGUCCCAACCAAUCAGGUGACCAAAUUGCCAACCAAACACAUAAGCAAACAUGUAACCAAAAGUGCAACCAAAGUGUUAGUUGCGGUGUGAAAUCACCUUUGCAAUCGUUCCUCGAGGAUGGCCUUCAGGGCUUCCUACCUCACAGCCUCAAGUCUGAGAGAGGCAAACUUGAGUGUUCAGUAAAACCGCACUUUAACUUACCAUGUAAAACGCCGAUGGGUUUCUCAGAUAUUAGUCACAUGGCAUCGCAUAGGCAAACUGGUAGGCAUAUAAGAGAAGCGCUUUUCGAUGUUUGCAGUGGCGAAUGGUCUGCUUUCAGUAGACUCUGCAGCCUCCUGAACUGUCUGCUGCCUAGUGCUCCCAAAACGUUAGAUGACAUGUUCGGUUUCUACUUUAAUCUAGUCAAUGGGUGGAAUAAGACGGCAAAGCAGGCCUUCGAUAACGCCAUCAACGAAGCUAAUUUCAACCGCACCAACGCACGGUUGGACAUUAGUGCAAUAUUAAAGAGCAACGAUCAUGGCUCCGGCGAUAAUAUGCCACAUCUGAAAGGUGAUCUCCAUUCCCUUGUGGACUGCAAGUAUAAUGGAGAGUCACAUCCAGCCUAUCCAUGUGGUCCAUAUGUGCAGCCAUUGUGCUACUAUCGGUGCGGCAUUUUUGCUGCUAAGAACAAUGAUAAAUAUGUCUCAUGGAUUGUUUACUUGACAGAGUCAUUCCUGGAGUUGCUUGAAAAAUUGUACGAGGAAUGUUGCAAAAACUGCGACUCCGCAACGUCUAAGUGCAAAAUUAGUAAAUGUAAGGAUGAUUGCAAAGCUAAAGACGCAAAGAUGUCUGUAGCCUCUACUCACAAUGGGUCAUGUAAUUCCAUAGUACAUUGCAACCUUAUGCGUCCCACCAUGUAUAGAUGUGGCUUCGUGUUUCAGAGCAUAUAUAAACUAAGCGGCACGAAAAGUGUCGAAACGAAACGUACAUGUAAAGAUUUCUGUAACGCAUUGAAAAAAGUUAUUAACAAGGAAGAAAAAUUACAACAUGUGCUUGCCCAUUUCGUAUACAGGACAAUUCCUGAAUACCUGCUAAAAAUAAGAUUCCCAUUCAUGUCUUUAUUACUCACCCUCUGGUCGCUCUCGCUCCUGUACCUGCUGCACAUCACCGUCGUCCGCCUCGACGUCCUCAGGAUACGCUCCCACCUGAGGUCACCCUCAAGCCACCGCAUCGCCGCGCAGUCCCUCCUCGCCGCCGCACGCGUCAAGGCACUCGCCAACGUCAAGUACUUCUCACCAUAA